CUGACCGGCGAAAGUGGCCUUUCAAUCAAGGCGCCAACAAAUGACGUCCAUCCAAUGGUAGCUCCAAGCUUGGCUGGCCAAAGAGAAUCAAUCCCCUCGCUUCAACUACAUAACCACCAUCACAACCCCUCCUUGUCCAACCAUCACAAGCAAAUCCGCAACGAUGUUCCGUCAAUCCCUCAUCAGAGCAGCUCGACCAGCAAUCCAAACCCGCGCCUUCUCAAUUACCACCCGAGCCAUGGCUGCAGGAGACACCGGAGCCGUACGACCAGGCGGGUCCGCCCAAGGGUACGUACCAUUCCAACUCAUUCACCUAUUCCAUAGCUGCCAUCUAGCUUUCAAGACUAGAAGAAUGGAUGCUAAUUGAUAUCAACCACACAGAGACGCAUUCAACAAACGCGAGAAAGCAAACGAGGAUUACGCCAUCCGCGAACGAGAGAAGGAGAAGCUCCUCGAGCUCCGAAAAAAGCUCGCAGAGCAACAAGGUCACUUGAAGAAACUCGAAGAACACCUGUAUGUUCCCUCGUCCCCAAUUCCAGCUCUCGGCUUUGUGAGGAUGCUGUACUUCAAUGCUGACAUCAGCUUUCCCCGAUUUCUCGCUUCCAAACACCACAAGCUGACCAUUUUCAUCCACAGUGACGAGCUAUCCAAAACUUCUGGAGGAGAGCAAAAGUGAGUAUCUCAACUAAGCUGUAGUUGCUUGGAGGGUCAAUUGGGUUUCGUGCUUCGUUCAUCUGAACAAUGUGCUGAGUCAAAUCACUGCUUCCACAGUUGACGAAAUGCCAUAUUUUGAUUGUGGAGCCGGAAGGGAAAGGGAAACAGAACUUGUCAGGAGGAAGUUCACUCGGGAAAUGACUAGUUGACCAACGGUCGAUAUUGUAUACAAGGAAACGAAAUCUCCACAUUUACACGUUUCUAUGGUCGAGGAUCGGUUAGUUCUGGAGUUGUUACUAUUGCUCUCUUCCUGGGAUCCUCUCCUCUACUGUACAAAUUC